AUGGCAGAAUGUUUUACCGCCUUCCGUCUGUGGCUGUUGCUUUUCUUUGCUUAUCUCCCACUUCCAGCUGGUGCUUGCUCACCUCACGACAAGCGAACUGGUCAGUCGUCUGUUGGAUCAGGGGGGAGGAGAGACCCUUUGCUAACUAGUGAACUAGUGAUUCAUCUCAGACAGCGAAAUCCCCGGUAUUCGACAUCGUCUACCGGUGAGAAGAGGAGCGAGGAGUCAGGGCUCCGUCUCCAAUGCAAGCGAUGUCGAGCCCGGAAGUCAAAGUGUGGAGGCACUCCGCCGCUGCCGUGCGGUCGCUGCGUGAAUGACGGACAUCGGUGCGAAUGGGAAGAGGCUGAGAAACGGUUGACGAUCACAGUGAGAGAGUAUAAUCAACUUCGAGGGCAAGUGGCUGCUGCUGCACAACGAGGUGAAACUAUCAGUAAUACCACUACAUCUCCCGCCACGGCACAUAGUUCGGUUCAUGGGCCACAACCCGGAAGAGACAGUCCGGCAGAGCGGGAAGAUUACUGGACCCGUGGGAUUGACAAUCUGCUGGUGAACCAAUCUGGAGAGCAUCGGUUCUUGGGUCCGACGUACGCCCUCAACUUUGCUCGAAGACUCAAUCCGACAUGGAACAGCCUGGCCUGGGAUGUUCGGCCGUUAUAUGAUGACCCUAACUCACUACGACAACCAACUGACCCAAGAAUUCCACCGUUACCCUCACUUGAGUCUGUAAAGCGGCUGUUCUGGGUGCAUUAUUCCUUCAUUGGCACCAUCUUCUCUUUCAUCGACCCGGCCAUGUUUGAAGAGCGACUGGACAAGAUGUACAACAAACCGGCAGACUUCGCCAGCCCAGAUUCGUGUCUGGUAUACUGCCAGGUCCUCCUUGUCAUCGCCUUUGGGCUGUUGUAUUCUGUAAACCAGUGGACUGGCGAGGAGGGUCCGCCCGGAUUCAAAUUCUUCAAAUAUGCAUUACGCCUUCUGCCGGAUAUCCACGAGGAGGGCUCGAUCUUCUUUGUAGAGGUUUUAUGUUACGUCGCGUAUUAUAUGCAGAACCUGAACAGGCGAGACGCUGCGUUUCUCUAUGUCGGUCUGGGUCUUCGCAUGGCCAUCUCGCUCGGCUUGCACCAAGAAGUCUCCGGAGAGUUUACCGAUUUUGAAAGAGACCGUCGUCGACGGGCAUGGUGGUCUGUUUACAGUCUAGACAGGCUCCUAUCUGUCAAGUCCGGGAAUCCGAUCACUAUCCACGAUGAGGAUAUUAGCACUGAAUGGCCGAUUACAGCAGUAAGCUCAUCUCCUUCAUAUCAGUGGCGUUCUAUAGUCCUGAUCAAUUACACCCAGCUGUCCAGGAUUCUUGGGCGAGUGGGUGAAGAAAUCUAUCGCAAGAAACCCCGAUCUGGAACAAGUCUGCUGGCUUCAGUACAAAGGAUCACAAACGAUCUGUCCUGCUGGCUUCGGGACCUCCCAGAGCGGUUGCGCAUCGAGUUCUCCAAUCUGCACAAUCAGAUCGACCGCGAGUCAGCCUCGAUAUUUCUACAUUUCUACUCGUGCAUCAUCAUGACCGUCCGUCCCCUCGUCUUCAAUGUCAUCCAGCGACGGCUAGAGGCCGACGCUGUAGGCUCCGCUCCAGAUGACUGGAAGCAAGGUUUAUCACAAACAGCCGUGUCGGUGAUUGAAAGCUGCAUCACCGCAGCUCGUGCAACAAUAUUCAUCAUGAACGCGUCGGCGCAGCGGAAUCUCGUGGCAACCUACGGUUAUUUCGAUGGAGAAUAUGCAUUUUCCGCCGCUCUGCUCCUGGUCAUGGUCAAUGCAGCCUUCCCGUAUAACGAGGCGAACGCGCUGGCCAUGGAGGCCGCUAUCCAUCUCCUACGUGGGAUGGGUGAUCGUGGAAACAGAUAUAUCGAAUCCCGGCACGCCCUGCUCCUCGACCUUCGGGCAUCCAUGAAUUCCAAACAUAAACCACCACAGGGGCCACAGGAGUCUGCAUCGGUAACCCUCGAGCCCCCGGGAACCUCCCAGCCGAUUGGGGUGCCCAAGGACCCCCAAGGAGACAUUCAGGAAGCAGGAAGUGGGCCGAUGCCCGAGUGGCCACUGCCAGGCUCUAUGCCAGCUGCAAGAGAUAUUGAUUUCACAUUCGACAUCAAUGAUGAUCCAGGUUUGUGGGACAGGGUCCUGAAUGCCAUCCAUAUUGACGAUGCGGAUAUGAUUGAUUGGACAUUGAGGAGAGAAACCGCAUAG